UCCAUCUAUAUAUAUCUUAGCAUCGAAUUUAACAUUUAUCGAAAUACUGGUUGUAUUGAAAUCCCAUGACCAACAUGGAUCAUCAUUGGAUUACGCUACUUCUUAUCACCUGCUUAGCAUCCUGUGAAACCUCGAAAUGUCCUGUGACGUCACUUCCUCCUGAUUGGACUAUGAUAAGUGUCCCCGAUAGCGAAUACUGCUUCGUCAUUGUGAAUUCAAAGACAAACCCCCUUACGGCUCGUCAAGAGUGCAGGAAAAGUUUCAAAGGAUACCUGGCUAGAUUUCACGACGUCGCAUCUCUUCGUUCAUUAGCGAGGAAAAUCAAAAUCAAUACAAAACGAAUCUGGAUCGAUAUGGUUUCAAAACCAAAUGGAAAUUGGAUUUGGUCAGACGGAUCGACUGUUAGUCCUUCCGUUCUAGGCGAAAUCUAUUCUGACGAUCCGGGGUCGUCUGGUUCAGGAUAUUGUGGAGCAUUGACUGACCAGUCUACACCGGAAUAUUCAAAGUGGGAAGGAGUGUUGUGCACAGCUAAUCAUGAAUAUAUCUGCCAAGCCCCAAAACUUGAUGUUGAUUUGGGUGACUGCGUCAACAGCACGUUCCGACAAAACAACAAGUGUUAUGCAGUUUCUGAUGACGUCAUGACGUUUACAUCUGCCACAAACUUUUGUGAGAUGACACACCAUGGACACUUGGCGUCGCUAGAGAGCUUAGAAUUAGCCGUAUCGACAGGAAAUUACUUUAACAUGAAACGGUCUGAGUUAGACAACGUUCGUGUCUGGUUGGACAUUAAAUGGAGUGAAGAAAAUAAAAUGUGGCAACACUCACACGGAGAGAAGGUGACGGCGUAUGAAGAGAACUGGUAUUCAACACAGAAAGUAUUCGCAAACGGAAGAACCCACGUUGUGCUUGACCAAAGCGUAGAUUGGAAAUGGAGAUCGAGGCUACCAACUUGGAAAGCUUAUGUUGUGUGUGAAGUUGGAAAAAAAACAACCGAACAUAUUGAAAUAGACGGAAGAGCAAUACUGCCGAAAGGAGUCACGCGAUCGUUGACAAAUGUCAAUCAUACUACAGCAAGUGGUGAUUGGAGUCUGGAACCAACAACCAUUGAAACAAAACCGGAAAGUUCACCUGUCAAUAUGAAUAUGCUUGUUGCAAUUGUUGGGACGGCUUGUGUGAUUUUAUUGAUUGCGUUAGUCGUUGUCAUUGUGUUAUGCUGCAAAAAGAAAAAGGAAAAAGUUCGCCCACAAAGCGAUGGCUUUGGAACGCAAGUUAGUUUUGAUUUCAUGAAUCCAGAGUACGGUCACAUCUCAGAUACCUUCAGGCCAACCCCCGCCACACCCCUCCAAGAGACAAUUAACUCGCACAUUAUACCACAAGAACUAGAUGAGGAAGAAACGUAUGCUAUUAUAAGUGAUUAUCCAAUGUCGCCUCCGAUUUCAACAAUCGACCUUCUACAAGCUCCACAUAGUUCAACGCAUAGCAGUUUAAAUUUAUCCAGGACAACGCAAUCGAGAAACAAAGUACAAGAGAAUGCUUCAACUCUAUCUCUACAGCGGACUCACUAUUCAUCUCGAGUUUCAACUGAAGACAGAAUCUCCCAGGAAUCAUUCAGGUCACGUGAUCCGACGUCCUCGCCAGCGCAAGCAAGACAUAUGACGUCAUUUACAUCAUCUCCGAACACUGCCGGUAAUCGAAGUUCGCCAUACUAUCCACAAAUGUCAACAAAACCAGAACACAGGAAUAUCGAACAGUCAGCACUGCAGUAUGCCGAACUUUCAUUCAAAGACCGAGACGAAGACGACAGAUUUCAAGUAGAUGAGAGCUGUUACGUAAUAAAUACCGAGACUGCGAAUCAACAAUACGAUGACACUGAUGAUAUGAAUCAGCAAAAUAACGCGAAUGAAACGUUGACUCAACGAAAUGGUGAUAUUGAAGAAUCCCUGCAAGUUCAGAACAGCUGUACAAGUCAGAUGCAGGAAAAGGAGCAAACAGUUCUGGAUAGACUCAUCCAGGGACAUAUCGGUGUCAAUAGAGUCGAAAACCUUCCGGCCGGAAGCGUAUAUGAAAAUGAAAUACCUUCUCCGACUGUCAGUCCAUAUUCACCUCAAUUCUCUUUGCAAAUCUAGCUUUUGGCUUUAUCUGGAUUCAACUCUGACGAACUUAUUCAUUUUGCUAACUGUAAGAUGAAAAUUGCGAAGAAAAAAAUAACGUGUACUUUUUCCUAUUUCCCAGACAAUUCAGCCUCUAGCUGUUUUUGUAACGAUUUUUAUAGUUCGUAUGGGCUCAAAUGUUGUCGA